ACGGGAGGGGCGGAUAAAGGAUCGGGAAGGAGGCGGCCGAGGACAUUGCCUGGCACGGCACGGCACGGUACGGCGGCUCUGCGGACCCGGCACCAUGGCAGCGCCGGAGAAGGAUGGGGAAGCCCAGAAGCUGCGGUUCGGACAGUGGCUGCUGAACGCCAUCAACAGCGGGAGCUACCGGGGGCUGCGCUGGAUCGACUCUGCCCGCACCAUCUUCCGCGUCCCCUGGAAGCACAACGCCAGGAAGGACAUCACCAGCAGUGACCUGGAGGUCUUCAAGGCCUGGGCAAAGAUCAGUGGGCGGUAUGAGGAAGGCUCCGAGGACCCGGCCAAGUGGAAGACCAACUUCCGCUGUGCCCUGAGCAGCACGCACUUGUUCAGACUGGAACAGGACCAUUCCAAGCGUGGUGAUGACCCCCACAAGGUCUUCUCCGUUGUCUCAGCCACUCUCCAGGGCAGCAAGGAGGGAGAUUCCAGCAUUGCCAACCCUGUGGUGGACCAGCCAGCUGCACAACAGGAGCUGCAGCUGGAGCUCCACCCCCAAGACACGGCCUCAGCCAUCGCUGUCCCAGGAAGCACAGACCCCACAGAGCUGUCGAUUCUGGAGGAGCUGCUGCAGCAGUGUGACAUCUCUCCCCGCAACCUUGGCUCGCUGGCCCCAUCCUGGGUGCCCGCAGGUGACACUCCCCACCAGGACAUCAUGCUCCAGCCUCACCAGGACACCGUGCUCCAGCCAAUACAGGACACUGUGCUCCAGCUUCACCAGGACACUGUGCUCCAGCCAAUACAGGACACCCUGCUCCAGCCUUAUGCAGACACCAGCCAAAACAGCUGCUUCCCUCCCACAACAUUUCCACAAUGGGUGCCCACGGUGGAGCAGCCCACCUUGGACACCUACCAACCAACGGGCCUCGUGCCACCAGAGGAGGCAGGCCCCAUGCAGUACGCGGCGGAGGCGACGUUGUUUGUGCCCGCCGCCAGCCCCUUGCCACAGCCACGGCUGCUGCUGGAUAACACAAAUGGCAUCGUCUCCAUCCUGGAUGUCACCAUCUACUACCGGGGGAAGGAGUUCCACCGGGAGGUGGUGGGGGGCAGCCACUGCCUGCUGACCUACCAGCCCCCCAGCCUGCCGGGGCCGCCGUGCCCCUGGCACGUGGUGCACUUCCCCAGCCCCGCCAGCCUGGCCGACAGCAAGCAGCGGCGCAUCACCGAGGAGCUGCUGGGCAUUGCGGGGCUGCAGCUGGAGCAACGCGCCUACAAGGUCUUUGCCACCCGCCGGGAGAAGUGCAAGGUGUUCUGGGCCUUGUCCCAGCAGCUCGAGGGGGUCGAGGAGCCCCCCCCCAACCUGCUCUGCCGGGACCGGGAAACGCCCAUCUUUGACUUCAAUGAGUUUUGCAUGGAGCUGAGGGACUUCCGCAAUGGCCAAAGGCGGCGAUCCCCUGACUUCACCAUCUACCUCUGCUUUGGGCAGGCCUUCUCCAAGGCCAAGCCUAAGGAGUCCAAGCUCAUCCUGGUCAAGCUGGUGCCCAAGUUCUGUGAGUACUACUACGAGCAGGUGCUGCGGGAGGGAGCCUCCUCCCUGGACAGCCACACCAUCAGCCUGCAGCUCUCCAACUCCUUCGACCUCAUGGAGCUCAUCGAGCAGUACACCAUGCAGCUGGGCUGAGCCCUCCUGCCCUGCUCCCCAUGGCCCUGGCACAGGCAGCAGGACCACUGGGCAUCCCAGGCUCUGCAAACCAGCAUUCCCCAACCUGAGGACAACUUCAGUGACCAGUCCUGGAGCUCACACAUUGCUUUUCCUCUCUGUCAGCUUCUAGUGUGUGUUUUUGUGGAGCGUGGUAAUUUACAGAUUUAUUUUCUUAAUUUUUCCAAGUUAAAAAAAAAAAAUAUAUAUAUAUAUAGAAAU